GAAGGGAGAUAAAUUUGCUGUCUCUUUAACUAUCGACUCAGCGUCUUGGAAAGGAAAAAAGCGAACCAAAAAAAAGAAACAAAUUAGAGAACUCCCAAAUAAAGUCAAGUGCCUCUCUCCUGCUUACUCUCUUGCUAGUUUUUCUCUCUCUCGCACACGCACACACAAAUACUUUGGUUAUUUCUCAAUUUUCACCUACAAAUCAUCAUCUUCUUCGUCACACAUACCCUUUCAUUUCUCUUACCAUCUCUGUUCAUCUCCACACCUAUUCUUCUCCAAUCUUUCUUUCUCCAAUUCGCACCUCCCUCUCUCUCUCUAUCUCUCAAACUUUCUCCCCCCAUUGGAUCAUUCCACAACUCACAAACCAUUACAUUUUCUUUUCUUUUCUUUUCCACACCUUUGGGUUCUCUACCUUUCCUCCACCCGCUUUCUAAUCUCUGAUUCUGUUUCUCUGGAUUACCAGGGCCUGAGAUUGCUGUUCAUAGUUUUGUAAUUUCAUGGAGCUUUUGGUCGACCCCUUCUUGUUUCCUCAGUUUCUUAUUGUUAAAUAAUCCGAACUGGGUUGAUUUCUUUUUUCUUAAUUGUUUUCAUCAUUCACUGAUUGAAACGCUUGGUAGCUAGCUGUUCGUACAAUAUGCUGUCUCAGCAGCAAAACCCACCUGGGGUUUCGCUUUCUCUGCAGCAACAAAUGAAUCCCAACCACGAUUGCAUCCAAACAGAUAUCAAGUCCUUCUCCAUAAGAAAGUAUGCUCUUGCUUCUCGUCAAAAAGAUAUCUUUUGUAGUUGGCCAUUUCCAGAGAAAUAUUUGAAAAUCUGUUUCAAGCAUGGUAUCAGCAAUGUGUUGCCGCCCCUUGAACCUGGCGAUUCAGUUAUUCAGUCACUCAGAAGAGAUGUUAUGUUUAAGUCUUCCAAACAAGAUAACAAAAAGGCUGAUUCCAUUGACAAUAAAGCACCAGAUUUUGCCGAGCAGGAGAAGCUUAUUAAAGAUGAGUGUGAUUCAUACUCUAAUGAAGCUAUAUCAGAAGUUUCCAGCCAGGAAUGCCCUUUAUUUCCUUCUAGCAAUAGUGAUAAGCUCGAAGAAAACAAUUCCAAUAUUGCUUCUGAUUUCAUGGUUCCUAGAUUUAAACCUUCAACUACAAUGCAUAGUUUGCACCCCCAUGAUGAUCAGAAUGGUAAAUUACAGAUUUCCUCCAAGAGAAUGAGGCAUAAGCGAAAAAGACAUAAGGGGAAGCACAAGAAGCGGUCAAUGGUGGAUAUUUUAGCAGUAGCGAAGCAUUGUUCUUCGGAGGAACUCUAUAGAAUUAACCAAAUAUUGGGCUGUGCUUCAGAAAAAGCUCCUAAGCAUGGGGGUGAAGGAAAUGGAGGAAUGGCCAAUAUUGAGAAUAAUUGUGAAUCUGAAUUAACAGAUGACUGCUUGGACAAGGAGCUUCAAAAAGAUGAUUGUGCGGCAAAAAAAAUAAAUAUGUUGAGCAAAAAACGAUGGUUAGUAAAGUUCAAGUUCAGCGGAAGCAAAUCCAAUUCAUGAACGGAUUUUUUUUCCACAGUAUAUAUCAAGGCACCAAGUACUCUUAGUUGAUUAUGAAGUUAGCAGAUGACCUUUCAAAUUCCUACCAAUCACCAUCAAGUCCUUGCUAGGCAGUUGGAAUCACAUGGGUUGGGCAGCUCCAAGCCUCAUGAACAAUGUUGAGGAAAAGAGAAAGGCAAGCUCACACAGAAAAGUGCUGCAAAUUUUAGGAACCAAAUGUAUCACUGAGUUUUGUAUGAAAUGGGUGGAGACUAUCAAUGCAUUGUCAAUCAUAGUUUUUUUUAAUCAGAUUUGGAUCAUGAUCCAAUCUGUUGACUGGCCUAGGUGGACAGUUGUUGCCAUUUAUAUUCUAACAUGGGUGCAAAAAUAUGCCAAAUUUUGUAGAAGAACCUGAUCCCUUCAACAAUUAAAUUUCAUUUAUACUUCUUCAGAUGAAUUUCUUUCUUUC